UUUCGCAUCACAAGUCAGAAGAAAAAUUGAUGAGCAUAAAAGAGGAAGUUACUGGGCGCUGCGCUGCUGUAGCCAUUAUCCAUUUCCAAUUAAAUUACUACUCUGCUUGCCUUGGAUUAAAAUAAUAAAAUUCUUUUUGUGGCCUUUGAUCCACCGUCCAUUGUCAGUCUCAGACCAUCCAUAUUUCAUAAUUCACUCUCUUCUCCCCACUUAUCCAUACAACCAAGAAAAACUAGCUAGUGUGAGGAGGAAGAAGAAAAAUAAUGGAGAAUCAUCAUCAUCAUCAUAACUCUUCUUUCUCAAGCUUCACCACUUACCUUCAAGCUCUCUCGCAAACCCCGUCUCGUCUGGCUCGUCGUGCUGUCUCCGUAUCGACUUCGUACGACGAAAUGAGCCGAGUCAAGGCUCGUUCGGGUUCCGAAAUGCGGAGAACUCUUCGUUGGUAUGACCUAGUCUGCUUCGGCGUGGGGGGUAUGGUUGGCGCGGGUGUGUUCGUUACCACGGGUAGAGCCAGUCGUUUAUACGCUGGCCCUGCUGUUGUUCUCUCGUACGCCAUUGCGGGUCUCUGCGCUCUACUUUCCGCGUUCUGUUACACUGAAUUCGCGGUAGAUAUGCCUGUCGCGGGUGGUGCUUUCAGCUACCUACGCGUCACCUUCGGCGAGUUCGCUGCAUUCAUAACGGGUGCGAAUCUGAUAAUGGACUACGUGAUGUCGAACGCAGCCGUGGCGAGAGGCUUCACCGCCUAUUUAGGUGCAGCAAUUGGGAUGUCCACAUCCAAAUGGAGGCUAGUGGUCCAUGCUUUACCCAAUGGCUUUAAUGAGAUCGAUAUGCUUGCUGUUCUUGUCGUUUUAGCCAUUACUCUCAUCAUUUGUUACAGUACGCGAGAGAGCUCAAUGGUGAACAUGGUGCUAACAGCGCUACACAUUUUAUUCAUUGUGUUUGUAAUAGUAAUGGGAUUUUGGAAAGGGCAAUGGAAGAAUUUCUCGCAACCUGCCGACCCCAUUAACCAUCCAUCUGGGUUCUUCCCAUUUGGAGCCAAGGGUGUGUUCAAUGGAGCAGCUGUAGUUUAUUUGAGUUACAUCGGAUACGACGCCGUUUCGACUCUAGCCGAAGAAGUGCAUAAUCCUGUUAAGGAUAUUCCCGUUGGCGUUUCGGGCUCCGUCGCGCUCGUUACGCUUCUUUAUUGCCUAAUGGCCGCUUCCAUGUCUAUGCUGCUCCCAUAUGAUUCGAUUGAUGCUGAGGCGCCAUUUUCGGCAGCUUUUAAAGGGAAAUCUGACGGCUGGGAAUGGGUGUCAAACGUUAUAGGAGUGGGGGCUAGUUUUGGAAUUCUAACAUCCUUGCUGGUUUCAAUGUUGGGUCAAGCAAGAUACAUGUGUGUAAUCGGACGGUCAAGCGUUGUCCCUGAGUGGUUCGCCAGGGUCCACCCUAAGACAUCAACGCCUGUGAACGCUUCCGUAUUUCUGGGUAUUUUCACAGCGACAAUUGCUCUUAUUACAGAUCUAGAAGUACUCCUAAAUUUGGUGUCGAUAGGAACAUUGUUCGUGUUCUACAUGGUAGCAAAUGCCGUAAUUUACAGGCGUUACGUGGCGAUAGGGAUAACUAAACCGUGGCCUACAUUAUCUUUUCUUUGCUCAUUCUCCUUCACCUCUUUACUAGUCACACUAAUUUGGCAAUUCAUGCCACAAGGAAAGCUAAAAGCCUUUAUGCUCGGCGCUUGUACAAUGACAGCGAUUGCAAUAAUACAAGUGUUUCAUUGCACGGUGCCACAAGCUAGAAAGCCGGAGUUUUGGGGGGUUCCAUUGAUGCCAUGGACACCUUGUGUUUCUAUCUUCUUGAACAUUUUCUUAUUGGGGUCGCUUGACGGGCCAUCAUACCUGCGGUUCGCCUUCUUUACGGGACUUGCGGUGCUAGUGUAUGUAUUGUAUAGUGUGCAUGCCAGCUUUGAUGCUCAAGGAGAUGGGUGUUUGAGUCAAAAGAAUGGGGAUAUUAUGCUGAAAGAAUCAGCAGAAAGUGAGCACCCUUGUUCUAAAGUAUAAAUAUAUAUAUACUUGUCUCAACUUGACUUGUUCUUUGGUAGGGACUAAACUUUUUUGAGUGGUUGAUGGAUAUACUUAGAAGGAAGGCAUAAAAUAUAAGAUAAUAGAGAAUUUAAAUGUGGUUAGUCUGGUGGUAGAUGCAAAAGUGAGGCUAAGGCUGUGACUUCUAAUUUUGUAUAUCAUCUCAAGUCAUGUGAUCCAUCAACUACUUUAGACUUUUAUGUUUUGGUGUCAAUAGUUGAUCACUUCAUGAAAAGUUUUAGUGUUUA